AUGGAUGGCAUAGUUCGUUCGUUCAACCGCCUUGCUCGACCGCGGACGACUCCCAGUGGCCUGCCAAACCACUGGGUCUUCGGCGUGCGCCACGUGCCGCUGGAGCCGCCUGGCGAUCUCGUUGUCGCCGUUCACCCCCGCAGUGAUUUCCUCCUUCAAGGCGGGCCUGGACAGAUCCUGUCUUCGUCGAGCGUCUCAGAGAAAGCACAGGCUCUGCUUCCCUUCCUGCUCGACGCUUUUGUCAAGGGUAGCCAGUCCCCCCUCAGCCACCAGCCAACCGAUCCCCCGCCGUUUGCUCCAUGGACCUGGGCGACCGAGGACCCCGAGCUGGCGAAGGCUCUUGAGGAGCUGCUCAGCCAGCGUGGUAUUGUCAAUGAGCUUUGCCGGGCGGAGGCUCUGAUGUCACUCCAGGAGACACUACGAAAUGCCAUGGCUGAUUGCCAGCGGAAGCACUGGAAGAAGCACAAGCCGGCUUGUCUCGCGAACCGUCCCACGAACACAAAAGCCAACGCUGCCAGCUCUGCUUCCACCACCAGCGCCGCCAGCUCCAAGGUGGACGCACACAAAUACUUCAACACGACUGCGCGCUCGUCGCCUGAGGCACAGGCGCUGAUGAAGACCCUGUACCUAAGUUUCCCAUCGUCUCCUGCGGCGACUGAGGGCAUAGGCAUUGGCAAAGACCACGAUGAAACCCGCCUCGACGUCCUGCUCGACCCGCCCCGCGGCUCUCCAAGCUACACCCGGCACCAGUGGCUGAACCCCGACAACAGGCUGGAACGCUCGCCCCGACCAGCCACGGACGCCGAGCAGCAGAUGAUUGGAAAGGUCAGGGAGAUGCAGGAUGCAGUCCGCCGGAGGAUUGGGGCCGGCAAGUCGCCUUCCUCGGCUGACAUGCGGGCCAUCUUGAGCUCCUACGGCGCGGACUGGACCUCGCAUGUGCAGACGUACACGCUUGCGAUCAACACGAUGGAUCAGGGCGUUCGGCGGUGA